AUGGUAAGUGCCAUAGUUGUAGAAGUUUGUGAAGCAAUAUGUAGACAUUUGCAAUUAACAUAUUUACCCGAACCAACUACAGAAAUUUGGAAAAAAUCUGAAGAAGGCUUUAGAAAUCCACUACAGGGAUCAGCUUAUCUUCAACUCCUAUUUGUUGAAUGGCUUCCCACAGUCGUUGUCUGGGCACAGAGUCAAAAAAUGUUCGAUGACAAUAUUAUUCAGAUUGACUAUGAUUCCGAUGGUAACGAUAGUAUGGCUGGUACUGUUGCUGAGGAUGCUGCUGAUUUAAGCGCUGAUGAAAUGGAAUCGGAUAGUGCAGCUUCAACAGUUGCCUAG